GUUUCCCCCGGUACAUCCUUUUUAAGAAGUCUCAAACGUAGCAAGGGACUAAGGGGGACUUCGAUGAAGCCGGGCGGAGAUGCGUCCUGGCGCCCCAUUCAUUCCAAUAGAAAUCAUCUCAGACGUUCUCAAGCAACUUCCGGUGAAAUCCCUAAUCCGAUUCCAAAGUGUGUGCUCUCAUUGGAAGGAUCUCAUCAAGAGCCCAUCUUUCAUCGCCACCCACCUCCACCACUCCAUCCGAGAAAACCCCUCUCUUAUUUUCGUACGGUGCGUCGGCUACAGUUGGCCUCCAUAUUUUCUCGACCGCCACAUGAAACACCGCCAUGUCCAGGACCCUUUGUUGGAUUCCCUCGAGUACGUCGGGAUCGCCGGCUCCUGCAAUGGCUUGCUCCUCGCUCGAGUCGAUCCUCCUGGUACUUUAACAUCUCUUUACUUGUGGAAUCCUGCGAUUAGAGAGAUUAUAGCGGUGCCUAGAAGCAGAUCAAUCAUGGAUUCCUGUCAUAUUUGUAGUUUGGGAUUUGCAUUCAGUACAACUGUUAAUGAUUACAAAAUUGUCCUAAACUAUGAGAAGUGGUGUAAUGUGGAUAGUGGGUUUGAAGUUUAUUCACUAACCACAAAUUCAUGGAAGAAAAUAGAAACGGCUAUCUUUAAGAGCAUAUACUUUGUGGCUGAUUGUAUUACUUUGAAUGAGUCUAUCUUUUGGGUUGGAAUAAAGCGAGGUUUGGCAUCUGAUGGCGGAGAGAAUAGGGUCACAGUUUCCUAUGAUUUAGCAACGGAAAAGUUUAGAUUGAUGCCGCCGCCUCCUAGAUCCGGCAUCAUAGCUGCUAAGCUGACUGUGUAUGAGAACAGGCUUGGCGUAUUUCAUUACUCUGGUGUUUACCAAGAAAAUACUCCAAUUGAUUUGUGGGUGAUUGAGGAAGGCAUUGGUAGUUCAUGGAGUAAGAUAUUGACUUGUGACCCUUAUCGCCCUUUUCCAUACUAUGUGGUCCCGGUGACCAUUUGGAGGAACCAGAUCGUCUGGAAUGUUGAUCCUCAAUUUGUAGUAUUGGAAAACCAUAAGAUUGUUACUGCUGGUAGUUUUUUGUUUGAUCCCACUUCUAAUGAAGUCAAGGUCCUUUCUUCAGUCAGAUUUGGCAUCCAUGAUGCUGUUUUUGGAUAUGUUGAAAGCCUUGUACCCAUUAGAUACAUCCACACAGGAAAGCAUUGAUUUUAAAGCAUAAUCAUUAUUGAAUUAUUAUAAUGCAUUGCAGAUUUACUGAUUGUAUUGGCUCUUUGUAGAGGAUGAUUGUUUAAAGACAUGAAUGUUUUUUAUCAUAAAAAUUAAGGAGUAUUUGUGACGUGUAUGUGAUUACAUUUGCA